AUGCCCCGUACAUCAUCUUCUUCAAAGAACUUCAACGCAGCCACUGCAACAACCACAGCAGCAACAGCCCUGAACGACCUCUCGCUCCCUUACCCCACUUCCUCUACUUCCCCACUACUCGCCCCAACCGUUCCCCUCGCAGCCUUGACCGGCCCCCUCUCACUCAAGACACCCAACAACCAACGUCUCCACGACAACACGCUUUCACUGCCUAUCGGGACCACCCUGAACAUCCCUCGCAAGAAUGGGAGCAGCCGUAUCGGGCAGUCCAUUCUGGGUCAGCUGUUGGCAGCCCACCGACCAGGACGCGACCACCACAAGCUUGCGAGCGAUGCGACGCUCUCGCUCGAAACCAUCCGCCCAAAGGAGCAGCAGCGACGGUCGAUUCUCCCCCUGAGCUGGACCAAGGGCUUUCAAAAGUCGACGGUGAUGCAAGGCUUGAGUCCGCCUUUGCCUCCCUCAGGAACGACCGCAGGUACGGCGCUGAACGCAGGUCGCCAUGUAAUGGAGACGGAUGAGAACCAGCAUCCAAUGCUCCCCUCUGUCUGGCUAGAACAGGCUCUCUCGCGCCUGCCUCGCUCGGAUAUGUUGGCGGCACCCCACUAUGCAACGCUACCCAGGAUUAAUGUUCAGGAACCGAAGCAACCCUCGUUGCGACCCGUCAUUGCGGAGAUGGAUUCGAAAUCCCGGGAAAAGAAGUUCAAGAAGGUCAAGGACGCGAAGCAGGGUGCCUCCGGACUCAAGUCGCCGGUUUCGCUUUCUUCUCUAGAUAGUGAGAAAAAGCCUAAGGUUCUGUCUAGACGGGGCUCGGCGUGCGAGCUUGCUUUGGGAGACGAUGCACGCGAGCUGUUCCAACAGAACCGAUCCAAGACCUUGUCCUCUGCUGUGAUUUCGUCCUCGAUCGUGCCUUUGAAGGAACCUGUGAGGAAUGUCCGACAGCGAUCGCUGGAUUCGUGUGUUGCUGCGAAACAGGCGUCGGCUCUGCCCGCUACCAUCCCUGAUAACCUGCCUAAGUUAUCGACCGAGUCCUGUCCACCACCGGGUAGCAAUGGGACGACGACGAAAAGGGGCCGUUUCACGAUCGAGUCGUCCUCUGCGACAGUUCCCGUUCUCACUCGAACCAGGACCCUGAGCUGUACGGCCGUGAGCUCGUCUUUUGCACAACAACAUCAGCAGCACCAGCAGCACCAGCAGCACCAGCAACAGUUGGACAAGCCGACACUGUCUCUCUCGCCUGCCUCGCCAGUGACGAUGCUCUCCUUUUCAUUACCUCCGUCUCCGUCCAUGCUCCUCAACAACCGUUCAUCCUUCUUUCGCUCCCCCGAUACAUCUCUGCCCCCAUCUCCUUCACUGUCGCCAUCAACUCCUCCAAUGGACGGCGCAAACAACAGCACAAGCACCCCUAUCUCGAUCCCUCGAGGGGGCAUGCUUAACCACCAACGAACGUAUUCGAAUUCUUCGAUCCAAUCGUCCGCAAGCACAGCUUCUUCCAGACGAUCCCAAGUGAUCAUCCCCCCUCCAGCUGCGACUUCGUCUCUUCAUUUCGCAUCAUUUUCCUCGAUCGCUUCCUCGGGUGGUCCGGGUAUUUCGUCCCAGUCUUCGGUAUAUCAACAUCAGCAGCAGCAGCAGCACCUUCCGCCUCAAAGACGUGGUACGCCGACCAACAACGGGUGUAGUAUCCACAAGAACGGGAACAGCAGCAAUAACAACUUCAGGAACUUGUCGAUCCAGAUUGCGGUGGACGCGGAUAAGGGCGAUAGAGGACUGAAUAGUCAUGACAGCCAAGUGUUCCGUCUGGAUACGCCUACAGUGCACCCAUUGGAUGAGGAUACGACGACUGCAACAGCGACGAUGACUGCAACAGCGGCGGCGGCGGUGACGAUGACCCGUUCGGAUUCGGGCUCAAGUUCGAAGAUGCAGAAUAUUCAGGCCCACCAGACGAUGAACCGAGUGCAUCCGAAGCUGGACACGAUCUCGAUAGUUGACAGCCCCAGUGGUGGAGAUUUUGGGUCGGCUUCGCCUCUGACGGCCUGCAGUACGAGCUGCAGCAGUGUAUCGAGCGCGGGCAGCAGUCUGGGACCGGAUUUCGGGUACCCAGUCUAUAAAAACUCGCCAGGUCCAGGAUAUUUCCGACAGCGGUCGCUCUCGGCGACGAAUGUGCCGACGCUACGAUCGGCGGGUCAGUAUCAUCGAGAACAACAGUACAUGUCGUCCUCGCAUUCGACGCAGCAGCAGCAGCAGGCGGAGAGACCGUGGAAUGAGCGGACGACGAGACGGUCGCAUGGGUCGGUGUCGAGUUCAGAUGGACACCGGAGUCACAGUGAGCCAGGACCGAUGCUUAGUUCGAGCUAUGGAGGAGCACCCUCUUCGAGUUCGUUGUCGGGAGGAGGAGGAGGAGAGGUGAGCGAUGUGGUGAUGGUGAAGAAGAGUGCGACGGGGAGGAUGUUUACGGUGGAGAGGACGGUUCCUGCGAGUCCGACGAAGACAAGUCGGUUUAUUGUCGUGUCCGCGGCGGAUGAUCUAGAGGUCCCGACGCCGUCGCCUCCUCGACCGUCGUCGCCUCUUUGCAAGUGA